UAAAACGACUUUGGGAUGAUCCCGUUCACAAGAGAAAGACAAUUAUACUGUAGGCUACAUAUGUGUGUUCGUGCACUGUCUGGGAAACUAUACUUAAACCAGAUGGCGCAUCAGAAAUAGCUAAUAUAGCCCACACGCAUGGACUGUCUGUCGCGUAGGAUGACGUAAUACACCUGCGCCGAGGUUGUGGCUGGCGUGAGCAGUAACGCGAGUGAAGGUUCUGCUAUAAAAACAAAAAGAUCUGAGUCGAGUCAAUACUGGGAAUAACGGAAAAACCACACUUGUCGCUUGGAGAGUGAAAGACCCAUAAUACCCCAAUUCCCCAUGGUUCCCUCUUGGUGACGCUGACGCAGCCCCACGAUCUCCAGCCGGCCGCUUGGGAGACAUGGCGAGUUCGACAACCAGGUGCACCUGGUGCCCGUGCCGCAAGCACAAGAUCCCCUCGAAGGAUACUCACGAGCUGUGUCUGCACUGCCUGGGUAUCCAGCACGCCAAGGAGGCCGUACUGGAGUACGGCAAAUGCCCCCACUGUGCCAAGCUGGACUGGAGCACGUGCAUCAAUCGGCUGACUAAGGUACAGGAGGUGAUCCAUCGAGAGAGCCAGCAGAAGAAAUCGGAAGCAGCCCAGUCCGAGCCGGUAAAGCCGGCCGAUUCUUCCCAGAGCGGCGAUCCCAAGAUCCCCAAAGAGCUCGGACCUGCCCAGCCUCCGGUGACGCCCUUUGCAGCCGCCGCCGUGCCGACGUCCGCCCUCCCUGUGAUGCUGACGAUACUCUCCCCGCCUCCCGCGCAGCCCGUUUCCAGUCCCAGUCUGGCGACCCCCGUGCAUGUCGCCCCAGUAGCCGACCAGCAGCCGGGUUUUUCCCCCUCCCCGGCGGGGCAGCCCUCCGGCUCCCACAAAGCCUCCUGCCAGCGCAAGAGGCGGCGCUCCUCGGAGUGCCACUCCCGAUGCUCCAGGCACUCGAAGCGGGGCCAUGGUUACAGAUGCAGGAAGUCUCCCUGCUUCUCCUCCUCGUCCCCCCACUACUCCAGUUCCUCCGAUUCCUCGCGCCCCUCGACGCGGAAGAGGAGGUCGUGGUUCGCGGCCCACACGGCGGACGUGCUGAGGAAACAGCAGGAGCAGCUCCUGGAGGGGGUGCGUCAGAGGCUGGAGGCGCAGCAGCAGACGAUGCACUUGCAGUGGAGCUUGCUCGAGAAACGCCUGGAGGCCCUGGAAAAGAAACAAAUGGAGACCCCCCCCAAGGGCGCGACUGGUGGGGCUUCGGCUCCCGGGAAUUCAGACGCCUCCACCUCCACGCCCGAGGGGAGACGAGACGCGGCUCCCGACCCAGCCAGAAAAGACUGGUCGGGCCCGGCUGCCGACGGCACCGGGACCACGGCUUCCGGUUCCGCCCCCGUGAAGGAGGAGGAGGAGCCGGCGCUGAUCACGGCGGGCGUGAAGUUGGAGGACGGCGGUGACGGAGAGGGGGAGGAUGUUUCUCUGCUGCCAGAAGUCCCCCUCACCAUGCAGGAACUUCUCAUGGCCACCGAGCUGCAGGGGCUUAUCAGCCGGGCUGCCAGAUACCUGGGCAUCGACUUCCCAGGCACGCCAAACAACCUGACCUCGCCAGACCCCACCAUGGUCCCCGAGUUCGAAAAUCUGGUUCAGAGCACGUGGUCCAACCCGGCCUGUUCCAGGCCUUUCCGGGCGGUCCAUUCCAAGAUGUACCGGCUGCACGAGUGCCAGGCUCUUCCCUACGACAGGAUGCCCCAGGUGAACCGCUUUAUGUCGGCCAUCUUCCAGGCCGUGAAGCCUACGGAGAACAAGGAGGCCUUGGCGCCUGCCAGGCGCUGGCGUUUCACGGAGACGCUUGCCGAGAGGGUGUACCAGACGGCCGGCAUGCUGGCGAGGACCGCCAACUACCUGCGGUACCUGUCGGACUACCAGAAACGCCUCUUGGUGGAGAUAACCGAGGACAAGCCAGCGGUCCGGUUUGUGGCCGUCCUGAAUGAGCUCAAGCUAAUCGCGCAGUUCACUCUUCAGCUGUCUUCCCAUCAGGCUGAGCUCUCGGGCAGGAUUAUGGCCUCCUCGGUAGCCAUUCGCCGGCAGGUUUGGAUGGCCAAAACCAGUUACACAGAUGCGUUGAAAGCCACAGUUGCAGACUUGCCCUUUGUGGUCAGUCACACCUUUGGGGCCGGAGCAGAAACUGCCAUGAGUGACAUCGUCUGUAAGCAAGAGUUACGUUAAAGAGUUUGGAGGAAGAAGCCGGUGACGGACUUGCGCUUGUGGUGUAUUUCUGCGUUUCGUCCGGAAGAGCCACAUUUGUGGAAAAAAGGGACCAUAAAACGUUUACAGUAUGUAAACACUGCUGCAGGUUUAUUUCAAAGGUCCAAGGGUCUGUACUGUAUUGUGUUCUCUCGGAGAAACAUGAGUCUCAACGGUGAUCAGUUGGCCUUGCCACAAAGCAUUUCAGAUACUUUGAUUUAAAACAAUAAGCUGUGUUCUCUGCAACAAAACAGUGGUAUAAAGCUUAAACAGCCGUGUAUGAUUCAAGGGUCAUUAAAUAGGUAGUCUGUGAUUAUAACAUCAGUAUAUGGAUGCAUUUGGUCUAUAGUGAUUAUGGAGUCUGGCUUUUUACAGCAUUAAAUUGACUGAAAGCGAUGUUUUUUGUACAAGUAACAUUUCAGAAUUUGUGAUGAGAUGACGUCUUGGUGAACAGCUGUUGGACUUUAGACAGCUUUUCACCUGCAGCUAAUCUGCUUACUGUUCCUUUAGGCCUGUAUGUUCAAUUCAGCUUUGUUGAUGUUAUGGUGCUUGAACAGUUUCUCUCCUUUUCUAAUUUAUUUGGAGUUUUGAAGACGUUUUAAAAUUUCAGUGGUAUUGUGUCCAAAGUGUACCCUGUGUCAAAUAAAACUGAUCCUUUUGAAAAUCUUUUAAAUCUUUA